AUGUUUUCUUCUGCAAAAACUAAAAAUCUCGCUAAUAAUAGUGCAGACAAAUUGAUGCCCAAUUGUGAUUUUCAAACAUUUGUGAUAAAUGCACUAACAAAAAUGAAAUAUGACAUUUCUAGCCUUAAUUCAAAGACAAACGCUACACAUAUUCUUUUAAAUUCUUUUGUAACAAAUUCUGGAAAUUCCAGUAUUCAAGGACAGCUGAACAAUAACCAAAGACGCUAA